UCAAGAUUAUUAUUCCCUUAUCCUUAUUGAGUUGAAAAAUAAUGAAUAUGGAUGAAUUAUCGUUUUAAUCUGAAAUCGCGAAAUACACCCAUUACACGUGCCAAAUAAUUCUAUAUCUAUUUAAUAUAUUCUUAAUGUUUUAUUCUUUCUCUACCAAUGCCUAAGUCCAAGGUCAUAGUCUAAUUUCAUAUGUAGCAUUCAUGAAUUUUAUUGCUGAUAACGAUAGUUGAUUAAAAAUGUCGAAUCUCGUAGUUGGAAAACUUGCUUUCGUUACUGGAGCUGGGAGUGGUAUUGGUAGAGAAACAUGUCGUAUACUAGCUCGGGAAGGUGCUAAAGUUAUCGCUGUAGAUCAAAAUCUUAAAAUGGCUGAGGACACGGUCAAAGUUUUAAACGGAGCCGAUCAUAUUGCAUUAAAAGUAAAUAUUACUGAUCCGCAUGAUGUAGAACAAGCUUUUAAACAUACUGUUAAACAAUACUCAACUUCUCCAACGAUUAUUGUAAAUUCGGCAGGAAUAACGAGAGAGAAUUUUAUUCUUAAACUCAGUGAAACUGAAUUCAACGAUGUCAUUAAUGUUAAUUUAAAAGGUACAUUUCUCAUUAUGCAAAACGCAGUAAAAACUAUGAUAGAGACUGGACAAACGGAAGGAAGUUCUAUCAUUAAUAUUGCUUCAAUUGUUGGUAAAACUGGGAACAUUGGUCAGGGUAAUUACAGUGCUUCGAAAGCUGGAGUCGAAGCUCUAACUAAAACAGCCUCUAUGGAAUUUGGAAAAUUAGGAAUACGCGUUAACGCAGUAUUACCAGGAUUCAUAGAAACUCCAAUGACCGAUACAAUUCCUGAGAAGGUAAAAACUAUGUUUGUUAAUAGAAUAUCAUUUAAAAGAAUGGGUAAGCCGAAGGAAGUUGCGGAAGUCAUUACAUUUCUGGCUUCGAAUAGAAGUUCCUAUGUUAAUGGUGCUUCCAUUGAAGUUACAGGAGGAUUGCAUUAAAUCAGGGCUUCGAACUGCUUAUACUUAAUCGACAUAUAUUUUGUAUUUUGAAAAUAAUUUUGAUAUCUUCCGUAAAUGCGGAGAAAUAAAGGGAUUUUUCAAAUAACAA